UCUCGUCUCAAUUUCGUAACUCUUGGACCGAUUCCUGUGACAUGCCGUAUCUGGUUAUGCUAGAGAUCCAGUCUACAUAUGGAUAGUGGUUCAGAGAAAAUGGUGAAGGAGGUCGACAUUUAUCGUGACACCUGGGUCCGGUUUUUAGGCUACGCCAACGAGGUGGGCGAAGCUUUCCGCGCCCUGGUGCCGGUGGGCGUGGUUUGGGCCAGCUAUGCCGUCGCCACGACCUACGUUUCUGCAGACGCCUUUGACAAGGGCAAGAAGGCGGCAGCGGAACACGGCGAGAAUCCCAGCAAGUCGACGCGGGUGGCGGUGGCGGUGGUGGACACCUUCGUGUGGCAGGCCCUGGCUUCCGUCGCCAUCCCCGGCUUCACCAUCAACCGGGUGUGUGCCGCCUCCCUCUACCUGCUCGGACGUGCCACCCGCUGGCCGCUGCCUGUGCGCAAGUGGACCACCACGGCCAUUGGCCUCUCCACCAUCCCCUUCAUCAUCACGCCCAUCGACAGGUCCGUGGACUUCCUCCUGGAUUCCAGCCUCCGUAAGGUAUACGGUGGGGGAAGCAAACAUAAGCCCUAGGACUCCACUGGGUGACCAGGCCCCAUCCAGCCCUGAAUGGAAGCGUGGGCAGUGGCCUAGAGGCACCCACUGACAUAGCCAAUACACUGCUCUCUCCAGCCCACACCUGGGGGGGGCAGGCAUGCACAACAAACCAUCAAGUCAGUUGUCCCAUCUUCAUAUCCGGAGCUGCAUGCACGUGUUCUGUUAGUCUGUAUGAUCCAGUGUCUUGUUAAUGAUCUCAUUUUGUUUUGAAUGAACAGCUUUUUUUUUAAAAAUCCCAGGAUAACUGUAAAAUACUCCUUUUGUAGUGGUGUUUUGCCUCAUGGGUGCUAACAGGUCUGUUUAAAAGACGCACACCGCACACACCGAACCUUUGCUUUGUUCGUCUGUCCAUAUGACGUUACCGUGUCGUCUCAUCAACCCAGAUAUAUGGUGCAAAUACGUAAAGGGGCACCCUGGCUUUAAAGAGACAGGUGGGGAGAAAGGGAAGCUGCACAUUUCUUCCUGACAUGGUGAAGUUAGACUCGCUGAGCUGCUCUGCAUUGGUCACAAGCGGGAUGUGAAGGGAGAGCCAGCCUGUGAAAGCAGUUAAUCCAGACGGAACCCAUAAAGUCAAAAAUGGGUUAAACACUCGUACGAAUGACGCCGCAAACUGUGCGCAUUUUGAAUCCUCACCCUGGCUUCCCUGACUAUUUCACAACAGACUAAACUUAGCCCUCUUGUUCCUUGAGCGUUUCUUGAAUGAUAUGUGACUUCUGAGAAGCCAGCCAGCAGACUGGAAGGUGACAUCAGCCUUCUUCACAGACCAUGGCCAUCGGAAGCUUGUAAAGGCUCCAUGGCUCAGAUAGUACGGUUACAAGAAGGUGGUUUAUUCCUGCUGUCAGGAAAGCCCCGCGUCGUGUGACAUCCCCGUCUUGCCUGUAGAUCCCUUUUUAUACCUAAUAUGAACAAAAGGCUCUUAUUUUGAAGCACGGUAACUCUCACCAGCUGUACUGAAACAUUUUGUUUAUAAACCGCGGUGUGUUCAAUAGAACAUUGAGCAUGCAGAGAUUUAAAAAGCCAUGGAUACCCAGGGGGAGUUGUUCUAUAUCUUUGUUCUGCUAUUUUAAAAGAGGAGGUACUGUAGUAGAUGUUUGAUGCAAAAUAUGCAAUGUUUACUUUUCAAAGUGUUCUUUUUUUCUUUAUUUUUAAGGGGGGGGGGAGAUAGAAAUACAUGCACAAAAUCUGAUCACAAAGGAUGUGUCUAAUGACUUCUUUUGUUUUCAGAGACUUAUUGUUUGGUCAGUCAUGGCAUUGUCUUUCGUUCUGGGCACAAGAAUAUUUACAGUAUAUUUUUAUUUAAGUUUCAAGGAAGCCAUUAUUUUUUUAGAAUUGCAGUGUUACUUUGCCCUAUGUUUUCUGAAACUGAAUUCUAAUCAUUUUUGUUUUUAUCAAAUGAAUAAUUAAACAGUACUUAAAAUGGGA